GACCCGAGCCCUGAGCGUGGUUUACGUCUUCACCGAGGAGUUGGAAAAGCCGCUGCCCCUCCUGUGCCUGCAGGAAGCCUGCCGGGAGGUCCCGGGCACGGAGCUGGUCACGGUGCCCCUUGGCACCCUGAUGCUGGGGGACACGGACACGCUGGACCGUUUCUAUAACGCAGAUGUGGUGGUUGUGGAGAUGAGUCACAGCCUAUGCCAGCCUUCCCUUUUCUAUCACCUGGGAGUACGUGAGAGCUUCAGUAUGACCAACAAUAUCCUCCUUUGCUGCUACACCGAUCUUCCAGAAGUGCAAACUCUCCGUGAAGUGAUCUUUCAGAAGAAUUCAGAUAGCAACGGGAGCUAUACCUUCAUCCCAUAUGUGGUGACAAACCAGAAGAAGGUCUUCUGUUGCAAUGUCAGCACCAUGAUGUGCUUGAGUGAGCUUUACCAGACCAACUUCAACAUGGAGGCCUUCUUCACUCCACUAACCGGACAACUCACUAAACUGCUUGAAGGCACUUCUAUCAGCUCCAGUGGCUACUUCCGGGAGAUGAUCCGGAGUGACAUCCGGAGGGCUCGUGAAAUGUACCAGGGGGAACAACUGAGCCGUGAGCUGACCAGCAUUCAGCAGCGCCUGGACAGCGUGGAGUGCCUGAGCCUUGAUAUUGUCAUGAACUUCCUUCUCUCCUACCGUGAUGCUCAGGACUGUGAUGCUAUCAUCACUCUGGUGGAGACUCUCCAAGACCUGCCAACCUGCAGUGUGGCUGAGCAGCACAACAUCUGUUUCCACUAUGCCUUUGCUCUUGACAGGCGGAACCGACCUGGGGACCGUGAGAAAGCUCUCUCCGUUCUCCUGCCUCUGGUGGAGAAGGCGGAAGGGGUGGCACCUGACCUGUAUUGUAUGUGUGGCCGCAUCUACAAAGACAUGUUCAUCGACUCUGGGUUCACGGAUACUGAGAAGAGAGACAAGGCCUUCUUUUGGUACCAUAAGGCCUUUCUGACAGAGCCAAGUCUUCAUGCUGGAAUUAAUUCUGUUGUGUUCCUCAUCGCUGCAGGCCAUAGUUUUGAAACCUCAAUGCAGCUUCGGCAGAUUGGGAUGAAGGUGAGCUGUGUUUUGGGGCGGAAGGGGAGUUUGGAAAAAAUGCAGCACUACUGGGAUAUAGGCUUUUACCUGGGCGCUAGCAUCUUAACCGGGGACUUUGACAAAAUCAUCCAGGCCUCGGAGAAGCUGUACAAGCUCAGUGCUCCUGUGUGGUACUUGACUUCUAUCAAGGAGACAUACACAAUCUAUAAUCAUUUCAACCAAGUCCCCGACAUAUGGUCACCCAAACAAGAGCUGGUUGAUUUCUGGCUGGCAUUUUUAAUGGAGUCCUGCCAGCCCUUUGUCUCCACAGAGAGCUGUCUGGUUUUGAUUCUCGACCUGAGCAAGGUGCUGCAACCGUCUCAGCUCACUGUUUGUAACCAGGAGAUCAAAAAAUCAGUGACGCUAAGCCACAUCGGUUCCCUGGAGGAGGAAGGAAUUUCCACCUGGACCUUUCAAGCAUCCUCUAUCCGUGGAAUCAGUAUUUCCAAGUGUGACGAACGAUGCUGUUUCCUGUAUGUGCGGCAUACAGUUGAAGAUUUCCAGCUAUACUUCCCGACCCAAAAUCACUGCCGCUGGUUUUGUGACCUGGUCCAUUCUUUCAUGGCAGAGAUGGGUGAAGAAGGGAAUUGGUGCAGUUCUCCAGUGGAGCUAGAGUAUGACUAUGAAUACACUGAAGCAGGUGACAGGGUGAUUCUGGGAAAAGGGACUUACGGUGUGGUCUAUGCUGGACGAGACCGCAGCAACCAAGUGCGCAUUGCCAUUAAAGAGAUCCCAGAGCGGGACAGCAGAUACUCACAGCCUCUGCAUGAGGAGAUUGCCCUCCACAAGCGCCUGAAACACAGGAACAUUGUCCGCUAUCUGGGGUCUGUGAGUCAAAAUGGCUUCCUCAAAAUCUUCAUGGAGGAAGUGCCUGGAGGAAGCCUCUCUUCUCUUUUACGUUCCAUGUGGGGUCCGCUGAAGGACAACGAACCAACCAUUGUAUUCUACACUAAGCAAAUCCUAGAGGGUUUACGUUACCUCCAUGAUAAUCAGAUUAUCCACCGAGACAUCAAGGGAGAUAACGUCUUGAUCAACACAUAUAGUGGAGUAUUAAAAAUUUCAGACUUUGGCACUUCCAAAAGGCUGGCUGGGAUCAGCCCAAGCACUGAGACGUUCACAGGUACCCUGCAGUACAUGGCCCCAGAAAUCAUUGACCAGGGGCCCAAAGGUUAUGGCAAGCCUGCUGACAUCUGGUCUCUGGGGUGCACCAUCAUUGAGAUGGCCACAGGCAAGCCCCCUUUCUUCGAGCUGGGCAGCCCACAGGCUGCAAUGUUCAAGGUGGGCAUGUUCAAGAUCCAUCCGGAGGUGCCCAGUUCCAUGUCUGAUGAAGCCAAGGAUUUUAUUCUGAGAUGUUUUGAAGCCAAUCCAGACAAGCGGGCAACUGCUGCUGCCUUGCUUCAGGAACCCUUUUUGAGGAGCAGGAAGAAAUGCAGAAGCCCAGCAGUGCCAGAUGAUCUGUCAGUGCCCGACAAGCCCAAAAGGUCCACUUCAUCGGAAAGUGUAGUAGAACCCAGGAAUCGUUCUUCUUCCUUGCAGCCCUUGAAAACACAAGUGGAAAACAUCUUUCUAGCCCGGAGCGCCAGCGAAGUGAACCAGACCAACUAUCUAAGGACUCCUGAAGGACUGACCAAUGUCGAUCUCAACCUCUCUGCUUCCUCCCACGAAGAGAGCAGUUGCUUGUUCUUGCUAAAGAAAGACAGCGAGAGGCGAGCUACCUUGCACAAAGUCCUGACGGAGGAACUGCCAAAUAUUUCAGCGGCCAUACAUGAGGCCCAGGAAGAGAAAGUGCUGUCAUUGGAGCACAUUGCUGAACUGGUAUCCUGUCUCAAGAGCUACAUCCGUUCUCCCAGCCGCAAACAGCUGGCCCACAGUCUGCUCCAGCUGCAGGUUCGCUUGAAGGCCGAUGGGCUGAGCUUUUGUCAGGUGCAAGCUCCGCUCUUCACCUUCCAAGACACGGUAAAGCACACGCUGCGGAAGCUCCAAAUUAAGCCUCACUGGGUGUUCGCCCUGGAUAAUCUCAUGGGUCAAGCAGUCCAGGCAGCCUUGACCGUCCUCUUACCAGAACUCGUGAAGCUGCAGAAUUCGCAGGAGGAAGGACAUGGUCCCCUGACCAGCACAGAAGACGAGGAGGGACUUUUGCCUCAGCAGCCCCCGUCUUUGAAAAAGGAGGAGAGCGACCUCAAGGACAGUGCGGAUACGCCAAGUUCCGGAAUUGGCACCGACACCAACAGUUGGCUGGAUUCCCAGCCUCCCUUCAAGAGCCAUUUGCCCCUCAUGACUCAACUCAACCAUCUGCAGGAGGAGACGAGAAGGCUGCAGUGGAAAUUGUUGGAGAAGCAACAGGAAUGUCAGAGGCUCCUACAAGAAGCCCUGAAGAACAUGGAACAGGAUACCUGGUCUCUGAGAAGGCCAAAGAUAAUAGAAAUCCCUCCUUCUCCAACUUCCUGGGAGCAAGAAGAUGGUGGAGAUCCCCUCCUUGCAGAAUGGUUAGAAAAACAUGGUGCAGACAAAGCCACGGUGGCAGAGUUCUUGCACCAUGGAUUCACCCUGAAUGAUUUGCUGAACUUGGCUACAAUCGAUGACCUCCGAUACACAUGCAUCAGAGGGGGAAUGGUGUGCCGUAUUUGGAAAGCCAUCAUAGACCACCGACAAAACCUGUCCCAGCAGCAGCUACACCAGGAACCAUGAGAAGAAAGAGGAAAGGAAGCCUCAGAUUUCUUUGCAAGGCAACAGGGUCUGGUCCAUUUGGCCCAUCUUCUCACCAGCAGUUGAAAGAAGACUGGAAAGAAUUUCUAACUUAUCAGUCCUCAUAUUGAGGUCAGAUACUGGCUUUUCAUCUUUCCUUUGUCCAGGAAAGUGACCAAAAAUCAUCUUCACAGCAAAUAAAUUUGGGGAGAACCUCACAGAGGCAGUUUCCAUGGAAGACUUCUGCUAAAUUUAGCAGCACGCAUUAUGGACUACGAGGAAGCGGAAAACGUUCUCUCUUCUUGCUGCAUGUCACAAAAAGAGACUGAAGAAUGUUGUGAUACCCUGCAAUUAUUACAAGAGAGGCUGCUCCAGGAUUAGAAGUUCCCUGCUGGAGCCCCAUCUUGGCUACUAAAAUCAAUUCAGCAAGUUUGGACAGCUCUUCUUCUUCCCCCAUCCAACCCUGCAGUCUUUAGCACAAACCAAGUGAUGCAGCUGUAGGCAUUGGUGGUGCAGUGGUGAGAGACACUGCAAGCCGUGCUUUAAGGGACCUAUAGAAAGUAUGGAGGACUUACUUAAAGGGACUGUUUAACUUUCUCUGGAUAUCUACAAGGAAUGAAGGUGGGGUGCAGAGAAGUUUAAUAAAAAUGGUUAUUUAAAAAAAA